GAGCCUAAAUUUGAAAAGUUCGCCCUGCUGCUGCCCAACCUCGGGAAGUCCUCUCCUUCUUAAACUUGGACACUCCAGUACUAAUAAGAAUGGAAAGUGGAGGAAACUAUUCCAUUUCCGACUGGGAUCGACCCUUCACCGACCUAGAACUCGAAGCCAUCGAAGCAGCAUUCCAAUCUGCUGCUACUCCUGGUACCACCUCAUCUUCGUCUUCCUCUCCGAUCAAGCGCCGCCGCCACUUGCCGACUCCGAACGACGACAGCCUGCUUGUUCGCCGGCGGUUGCCUGGAUCUAUCAACGGUGCACAUUCGUCCUCUCUGUUACCAUGUCGGAAUAAACAGUUUUUUAAUCCUUAUCAUCAUCCUUCAUAUCCAGCUAAGUUGGAGAUGAGGUAUCCAGCAAUGGCGUUCAAAGGUCAAGUUCUCUAUAGUAGAACUGUUGCUGAGGUUGAGAAAGCUGCAAAGGAGCUUUUAAAGAUUGUUGAAACAAGAAAGAGAGAAGUGGAUCAGGUUAUUCUUGGAUUGGACAUCGAAUGGAGACCCAUAUUUAGAAGCGGUGUUCCGCCUAGGAAGGUAGCAGUUAUGCAGAUAUGCGGAGAUCCUUGUCAUUGUUAUGUGAUGCAUAUAUUUCAUUCUGGAAUUCCUCAAAGUUUGCGAUCUCUUCUUGAAGAUCCUACUUCUGUAAAGGUGGGAGUGGGCAUUGCCAGUGAUGCUGGUAAAGUUUAUAAAGAUUAUAAUAUAUCUAUGAAGGCUUUGGAAGAUUUGUCUCGCCUGGCCAAUCAAAAGUUUGGUGGAGUGCCGAAGAUGUGGAGUAUGGCUUCACUAACCGAAAAGCUAAUCUGCAAACAGCUUCCAAAGCCGGGGAAAAUUAGACUUGGAAACUGGGAAGCUGAUAGUUUAUCAAUCGAACAACUACAAUAUGCCGCAACCGAUGCUUUUACUUCUUGGUACCUUUAUCAGUCGCUGAAGACACUCCCUGAUGCCACUGAUGACAGAACUGAAGAAAUUGCCGAUCGGAAAAAAAAAAAAAAAGAACUGAAGAAAUUGGGAAAUGUGCCAAACAAUGAUUAGUGCCGUUGUCAUCUCUUUAUUGUUUAUAUAGAAUUGGGCCUCUAGGGCUGUGUCUUUAAUGCCUUCUGGCUUUGAUUUGGAAACAUAGUUUCAUGGUGUAACGUCCCUUGAGUUCAUCGAUUUUUGGAGGCAUAGGACUGCUAUUUUAGUGACAAACUUGAGUUCUUCGAUUUUUGGAGGCAUAGGACUGCUAUUUCAGUGACACUUUCUCAGAGCAACUCUUUUGUACAUAUGUUGCCAAAAGUUGUCUGUGCCCCGUUCUCCCCUGCUCUCACCCCAUAGAUGUGGGAUUACAUUGAUAUUGUUAUUGUUGUGUA